UUUGUCGUAUCAGUUAACCACAUCAUAUGAUAUAGCAAUCGGAUGCUUGACUACGCAGUCAAUGAAGUGGCACGUAACCAUUGGUUGAUGCAAUUGCCACGUCUGCAAUGUGGUCAGUCUGGAAAGUGACCAGUGCUUUGAGGGUGUGAGAACUGUGUAAGAGGAAGUUAACUUAUGAGAAUUACAUCUCUAAGAGUAGAGACAACAGAACGACUCUCAUCCCAGUCUGCAACAACCACCACCACUUUAAUGUGUCUGUAAUCCACUGAAAAGAGAUAUCCAGCAUUACCCCUUGAAGGAAAAGGGCCUACUGGUUAAGAGUCCACUGCACGAUUAUGAACUACACUGAGGAGGAGAUACAUGGCUUACACACCAAAGCCUCCCACCGCGAGAACAUCAUUUUUGCUAGCUUUUACAUCCUGGUAUUCGUGGUCGCCGUGCCUGGCAACACCUUGGCAUUGUGGGUGUUCUGUCGUCAGGCCGUCACCUCACCCUCCAAACUCUUCCUGAGGCACCUGGCCAUAGCAGAUGUCUCCUACGUGCUGAUCCUGCCCAUGCGGGUGGUCUACCACUUAUCCGACAGCCACUGGCCCUUUGGAGAGGUCCCCUGUCGCCUGGUGGGGUUUCUAUUCUACCUCAACAUGUACUGCAGUCUCUACUUCAUGACCUGCAUCGGCCUGGACCGCCUCUUGGCCCUGGUCCUGCCGCUUAAGUCGCGGGCAAUGAGGAAGACCGCAUACGCCAGAGCAGUCGUGGUAAGCCUGUGGGUCACAGUGACGGUGUCUAUGACUCCCUUGCUAUUCUCCAAAGACCAAACGAUGACCAUUCAGGUUGACAACACGACCGUGGUCAUGUGUAACCAGCUGUACUUGGAAAAUACUUCUCCCAAAGCAUUGGUGUCAACCAUGGUGGCGUUUACUAUUCCUCUGGUCACCAUAGUGGUUUCCUAUGUUCUAAUCCUAUUGAAACUGAAGGGCGUCAAGCAACAGGAGAGACCAGUUGGAGACAAGGCUAUCAGGAUGAUCAUACUCGUCAUGGUGAACUUCCUGGUUGCUUUUGUGCCCUAUCACGUGAACCGUUCCAUCUACAUUGAGAGACACACUCAUAGCGACAUAGGAACUGCGUCCAUUAAGGCUCUGGCACUAGCCAAUCGAGUCACUUCCGCACUAACCUGUGUGAGUGGAGUGCUGGAUCCUAUUAUGUAUUUCUUUCUGGCAAGGACUUAUCAAAGUAUACUGCUUCAGCUGUACUGUAUAGACAAGGGAGAUCUAGUGUCAGGUCCACCCUGUCCAUAAUCUUAUUCAUUAAGAUCCUAGGUCAGCACUCCUGCUCUGAGACUUGGAAAAAUUGUAUGCUUGAAGUGAUUCAAUGACUAUUUAAUAUUACAGUGAUAAUGUUCAGUGUUGAAUCCUACGGUAUGAUAGCAUUGUGGUGUUGAGCAAUACAGGCUUUUAGUACAUAAGAAUGGUUGGCAGGCCUAUGGCCCUGUAUGAAAAUAAAGUUUCUUUCUAGGUUGUUUUACCAUCUGUUAUUGUAUGCAAGGUAUUCUUGUAAAUGCUGUGCAUACAGUGCAUUCGGAAAGUAUUCAGACCCCUUGACUUUUUCCACAUUUUGUUACGUUACUACCUUAUUCAAAAAUUGAAUAAAUAGUUUUUCCCCCCUCAUCGGUCGACACACAAUACCCUAUAAUGACAAAGCAAAAACAGGUUUUUAGACAUUUUUCCAAAUUUAU